GGACACAAGGAACUCCGCCCUCCUGGUUCGGUAAAGGGUUUCAAAGACUGCAGAUAUAAAUCCAUCUUUGGUGAAAGUUGCAUGGACUGAGCAACAUCCAGAGGACACAACAACAACAAGAGAUCUUCUGUCUGCAAACUACGCAGACAAUAUGGCCUGUAAGCGCAAAGUAGUUCCGUACAUCUACAGGGAGACUCUCAAACUACCAGACACACCAAAGGUCCAGGGCUAUGAAUUCAACCAGGGAGUGGACCACCGCGCACUGCUGCAGUCCUUCCUCAGCACUGGCUUCCAGGCGACUAAUGUGGCCCUGGCUAUCCAGCAGAUAAACAGCAUGAUCAAGAGGCGUCAACAGCCGGUGAAGGCAGUGAAUGGAAGUGUUGAGGAGGAUCCGUCGAUCUGCCCGAGCCCCUCGAGCUGCACCAUCUUCCUCAGUUACACUUCAAACCUCAUCAGCAGCGGGGUCAGGGAGAGUAUCCGCUAUCUCGCAGAGCACAGAAUGGUGGAUGUCUUGGUGACCACAGCUGGAGGUAUUGAGGAGGAUCUGAUCAAGUGCUUGGGACAUAUUUACAUUGGAGACUUCACUCUGCCUGGGAAGGAUCUGUAUAAAAACGGUCUCGACAGGAUUGGCAAUCUUCUGAUGCCUGAUAUGAACUACAUGUUAUUCGAAAAAUGGAUGUUGCCGAUAAUGAAGCAGAUGCUGAUGGAGCAGAACUCUCAGGGCGUGAGUUGGACUCCAUCUAAGAUGAUCUAUCGACUGGGCAAGGAGAUCAACAACCCUGAAUCUGUUUGCUAUUGGGCCUACAAGAACAACAUCCCAGUGUUCAGCCCUGCCCUUACAGAUGGCGCCAUAGGAGACUUGUUCUACAUGUUCUCAGCUGAGAACCCUGGCUUAAUUUUGGACAUUGCUGAAGAUAUUUCAAGGAUAAACGACAUUGCAGUGAACGCCAAUAGCACAGGGAUGAUCCUCCUAGGGGGAGGGUUAGCAAAGCACCACACUUGCAAUGCCAAUGCAUGGAGGAAAGGAGCUGAGUUUGUGGUGUAUGUGAACACAGCUCAGGAAUUUGAUGGUUGCGACUCAGGGGCCAGACCUGAUGAAGCCGUGUCCUGGGGGAAGAUCACUUUAAAUGCCAAACCUGUGAAGGUUUGUGCAGACGCUACAGUGAUCUUCCCCUUGUUGGUGGCAGAAACCUUCGCUGUUCAUGCUGAUAAGAGGACGAUUAACAAGGAGAACAAUUGAAUUGAGACCAACUCGAAAUCAAGGAUAGUUUUCGCAAUGUUGGAAUCUUAGAACAGUCACUGGAUGUUAUUUGUGAAAGAACUGGGCCUAGCAUGGAUCCAUGUGGUAUGCCACACUUACUCUAAUUAAAAGAUUAAAAUAAAUAAAACAAGUGUAAUGAAUAGUUACUGUGAGUGAUUAAAAACUGUGAAAAGUAGCUUCACUGAAUAUAUACAGGUUGUAAUCCAUUUUGUUGUAUAACCCAGCACAUGAUUUACAGUCAUGAUUUCCUACAGGACAUAAACAGUACCGACAAUAACGUUCUGCAGCUUCUUUUACGUUAAUGCAUUUCUCUGAUAUUAUGUAAUAGACACCUUGUUAUGUAACAGAGGUGCAAUAAAAAAAAACAAAUAC